GGUAGUCCUCCAGAGCUUGCGGCCCAAAGCCCACACACAUGUGGCUUCCAGGAAGCUGAUGGCUAGAUGAGGGGUGGGGACACUGUCCAGCUCUCCACUUUUUCCAACCUUUCUGUCUGUGGGUUAAUCUGUGACUCAGGGAAGGAAGGAAAGACAAAUAUUCCCCUGGGGCUGGGAGGAGGCCACGCCUGUUUUUCCUGGUUAAGAAGGUUUCUCAGGGCCCUCAGAGAAUCCCACAGGAUCUGGGGAAACAGGUUGGGUCUCUGAGACUCAGCCAGCUACUCCCUGUCCCUGGUGGAGAGAACCUGGGCCUCUCUGCUGUGGCCUGAAAUUGUGUUAUCGGCAUUCAGCCUAUUUGGGACCAGCUGGCAGAGAAGGUUUCUGGGGGCCAGGAUGAUGAACCAUACCACCAACAAUGAUUAUGAUUACGAGUACGAUCAGGAAAAUUACAUUGACCUUCCGGACGUCCCUGUAGACUGCCUGGCUGGCCACUGCUCCUUUAGUGAUGUCUACUUCAUAAGCCUGCUUCUGCUGUACGCAGCCAUCUUCCUGGUGGGUGUCCCAGGCAACAGCCUGGUGGCCUGGGUGACCUGGAAAGAGAGCCGCCACAGGCUUGGGGCCUCCUGGUUCCUGCACCUGGCUGUGGCUGACUUGCUUUGCUGCGGGUCUCUGCCCUUCCUGGCUGUGCCCAUUGCUCAAAAGGGCCACUGGCCAUACGGGGCAGCAGGCUGCUGGCUGCUGUCCUCUGUCACCAUGCUGUCUAUGUACGCCAGUGUGCUGCUCCUGACCUGCCUCAGCGCCGACCUCUUCCUCCUGGCUUUCAGGCCCUCCUGGAAGACGGAUCACCGGACACUUGGGGUGCGGGUGGCCCAGGUCUCCUCCUGGAUGCUGGCCCUGGUGCUGACUGUGCCUUCUGCUGUCUACCGCAGACUGCUCCAGGAGCACUUCCCUUCCCGGCUCGUGUGUGUUACAAACUAUGGGGGAUCAGCCACGGCCGAAGCCACCAUCACCGCUGUCCGGUUUCUCUUUGGCUUCCUGGGACCACUGGUGUUCAUGGCGAGUUGCCAUGGCAUCCUCCAGUGGCAAAUGACCCGACGCCACUGGCCACUCAGCACAGCUGUAGUGGUGGGGUUUUUCAUUUGCUGGACCCCUUUCCACAUCCUGAGGGUCAUAAUCACGGUGGCUACGCCAUCCUCCUCACUCCUUGCCCGGGCCCUGGAUGCUGAGCCUCUGGUUACGGGCCUGGCCCUUGCUCACAGUGCUCUCAAUCCCAUAAUGUUUUUGUAUUUUGGAAGAAAACAACUCUGCAAGUCACUCCAGGCUGCAUGUCACUGGGCCCUGAGGGAUCCACAGGACGAGGAAAGUGUGGCGAGCAAGGCAUCCACCAGCCAUGAAGUAGUGUCUGAGGUGCCAGUGUAGGCAAUCGGGAUUUUAAUUUCCUUGGCCGUGUCACAAUUGUGUAAGCUCCAGGCAGAGCUGGAUCCAGGAGCUCAGUGAUGGCUUUUUCUUCAUUUAAUAAACAUUCACCAUGCACUUGCGUGUGCAAAGCCCUGAUAUCCAUGUAAAUGCUGGGGGUGACAGAGGACCG